GUUUUGCGGCUCCUCCCAGCCUUCACAAGUCUUACCUUCUCCCGGACUCUCAGCACUCCAGCAUUGCUGCGCAAGCAGAUGUUCCCCUCGCUCAGCGCAAUUAUUACCAUUUUUUCCCCCUCCGCAUCUCGGCCCACAGUGCUCUCUACGCCCGACGAGAAAAAGUGCGUCCCUCGGCUCGCCGGAGGUGGAGUUCGGCUGUUAUGUUUAUUUCUUGUGAGGAAUAACAGAAUCGUUUUUUAAUUUUUUAAAGGGGGUGGGGGAGGCAAGACUACUCGGGUUUCCGCGGGUGCGGGAAGGCACCACCGGCUGUACCACACCUGUGAGUCGUUGUUGUGACCAGCCAGGAUGGAUGCAGAGCGGCGUGGGGACAUGUGCUGAAGGAGCACACUUUGACGUCGUCUUUAAGUGCUUCUCUUCACACACUCCGGAACUUAGAAGCUGACCGUUUCUUCUUUCCUCCUUUUAAAACUUGAUUAAAAAAAAAAGAAGAGACGAAUAUGCCGUUACUCGUGGUUCCCUUUGUCCGCCGUCGACUCGGCGAGACCCUACUAGUGCUUUGGCUCAGCUUCACCGGCGUCACCUGCACCGGUUCUGAGCACGCCGCUACAGCGACACUUCCUGCCUUCUCCGACCUGUUGCCGCACUUCCUGGUGGAACCCGUGGAUGAGUACAUCGUGAAAAACAAGCCGGUGACGCUCGCCUGCCGCUCCACGCCGGCGACGCAGAUCUACUUCAAGUGCAACGGGGAGUGGGUUCACCAGGAUGACCACUUGAUUGAGCGGACCGUGGACCCGGCUACAGGCGUCCUCUUGGCUACACCGCCAGCCUAUUGA